UUGCACAAGGAAAAUCUACAUAAAUUCGGUCACUGACACAUUUUUCUUUUUCUUUUUUUUUCUUUUGGCUAAUCGGUUUGUUCAAUCUGUUUAUUCGUAUUCAUAAAUCUGGAAGCAAGAGAUCAAGGUAAAUAAUGUUACGUUUCUGUUCACGGAAGGGGCGUUCAAGAUCACUUGACUUACGAGGGACCCGGUAUUUCCCUUUUUGUCAAUUAUUCUAGGUAUGGAAUAUGGCAACGCUUGGAACACACCAUAUGUCAAGCGUCGGGUUAAUUGAGAAAGAUGUGAAUGGAGAUGCGUUGUGGGUGUGGUGCUUUCCCUCUGUCAGCAAAGAGUUGAGAGAUGUCCUGCUCAGCAAGUGCUGUCUGACAGAAGACAGCCGUGAGCUCCACAUCUUUGUGUUUGGUCAGUUCUGUCGCACCUGGUACUACAUUACCACAGUUGACGUACAAGAGCCUACUGCCCUAAAGAAGGUCACUCAUUUUUCAGUAGUUGUCACAGCGAAAGACUUCAACCCCGAGAAGUAUGCUGCAUUUAGCAGAGUGCUGUGCAGAAUGUACAUCAAACAUGGUAGUCCGGUGAAAAUGAUGGAGGGUUAUAUUGCCGUUCUCACAAAAGGCAUUUGCCAGAGUGACGAGAACGGCUCGUUUCUCAUCAAAGAUUAUGAUGUCCGGAAGGCAUACCUGGCUGGUUCAGUCAAAGAUGUGGUGUCCCAGUUUGGUAUGGAGACCAUAAUUCUAUAUACUGCCCUCAUGCUAAAGAAGAGGAUUGUAGUCCAUCAUCCUCGUAUUGAAGCGUUGUUGGAGUUUACCAGAGUUCUUCCAGCUCUGACAUGGCACAGGAAAGACUGGUCUAUUCUGCAUCCGAAUGUACACCUGACUGACAGCGAAUUGGAAGACCUAAAAAAAUGUCCAGGCUAUGUGGCAGGAUUUGUAGAUCCAGAGGUGAGCAACAGACUGGACUUGUUUGAUGUGUAUGUCAACCUCCCGGACAGUGUCAUCACAGUAUCCCAGAGUGCCAAAGAGGCUUUGGCUAUGGGGAAGCUACACAAGGACAUUGGCCACUUUAUUGUCCAGUCGGCAGAGGAUGCUGACAAAACAGACAGUCAGGUAGUCAAGGACAUUUCUGUGAAGACAAAAGAGAUCCUUGCCAACUUGUUUGCCCUCGCUGAUGAGUGUCAAAAUUCAAAAAUCUCACUGGAAAGUUUAAAACAGCGGCACUUCCCUCCAGCAACAGAGAACUUCCUUUUUCAUCUCGCAGCUGCUGAGCAGCUCCUAAGGAUAUAACUCUGCCUUCCAAACGAAAUACUUUACCCCAGGAUGUGAUACUUGUAAUAAAGAGGGCAGUUUCUAUGCUGUUGAUUGAAUGUUGUAGUAAGCACUGUUUUUGUAAAGGCUCAUACUUUGAAUGGCAUUUACAUGCUACAACCUAGUCUCAACAACAACAAAUGACAUUAAACUACAUUGCUGUACCAAAAACACCAUAGAAUGCACCAACAGCCAAUUAAGCGUUAAUUAAUUAAUAGUUAAUGGGAAGUCUUUUUACAUUUAAUUUUCUGACAGUAACAGCAAUGGUUUAGAAUGAAGAUGUGAUUUACCUUGAAAGUUUUAUCAUAUACAAAUAUAAAGGAGGCCACUUGACAAAAAAUUUAGGGAGAUAAAUGUUGUUGCUUUAAUUAAAAUUCUGUUGCCAUCAGAAGGUGUUUUUCCCAUUUAGAGUGCUAUUAUCACAUAGACAUUUGUAAAAUUGAAAAUAACUGUUUUCAUACAUUGUGUAUUUACAUUUUAGUUUUCUUGAUGUUCCAUAAUGUCAUUACUAAUGACUCGAGUGCCACAUAAAAAUUUAUAAUGUUAUGCUUGCAAUUUGUACCAUCCCUUAAUUUCUUUAAUAUAAUUUUGUAAUUGUGUUUUCAAAUGACACAAUGUUCCUUUUGAUAAACUUUUUUUUUUUUUGGUAGGGAAGACUGAUAUUUUUGGCCCAUUUAAUGAUAAAUGGAGAACAACUAAAUGCUUCCUUGUUAUCAGGAUCACUUUGAUUUAUAGUCAUCUUGUGUAUAGCUUACAUUUGUCAAUUUGUUUGUGUAUCAUUCAUUUGCUAUUUCACUGUUCUCCAAGUUGCCAAAAGGAUGGUUCUGUGCCUAAAUAUUUCAGAAUGGACACUGUGUGCAAUAUACAGAAAUGCUCGUUUAACUUUGAAAACUAAAUUCAUGUAUUUUCCUGAACUGAUAUAGUGUUUCAUAUCUUUAAAUGCCCUCAAUGUUCCCAUUAAAUAAAUUUGCUACAAA